ACAGAGCCAGUUAUACUCGCUGAACUGUGGGGCAGACGGAAAACUCUGGGUCUUACGUAAUAAAAGUCUGGCACGUUUGUGUGUGUGUGUGUGUGGGGGGGGGGGGGGGCAUUGUUGCUAAGAUACUGCAAGUUACUCAAACAGGAAAUGAUCCAGCGUCACUGCAGUCUGUUUUUGAUUUGUAUAUUUCUCAUCCAGAUAUUUUCACAUAGCAACAAAGAUUAUAUAACACUGAGCAGAGGCACUUCUUUUUUUCAGGCACCUGAGAUGCACAAAGCCAGAGUGAUGCUGUGGGCAGAUGUCAGCUACUGUGACAUGGAAGUGAUUGACAACAUACAGUCCAUCCCUGAACUUAAAAGUACUCUCUGCAGCGUCUUGGACGUUGACCACCCUGAACCCAGAAGGGGAGUUCUGCUGGAGGUCUAUGUCCAGAUGGUGCUUUUUAGUAGAGUGCACAAGUUUAAAAAGGAGCAGACCUCAGCUCUACUGUCCAUCAUUAAGUCUAUUCAUGAGAUCAACAUAGAGACACCACUGAACAAUGCAGAACAGUGUUUGGCCCACUGCAAAGAGGUUCUGCUCUGUCACUCAGUCAGGCGGCCUCCCUUUAGCAUCAACCUUUUUAGUUUUGAGGAGGCAAACUGUAUUUUUAAGCACAUCUACGACAGCUACAUGCAGCACUUGAAACUUUACAAAUACAUUUUCACUCCUCAGGUAAAACUUGACCUGUACUUGACUUAUUCAGAGAUCAUGGGGAAGGAGGAAUCUUUUGUUUCAGGUAAAGAUUACACAAUAGUACGCACUGCUUAAAAAUGUUAAUGUUAAUUUUAAACAGGUUGAUUUGGGAGCAAAGUAUUUAACACUCUUAUGACUAACAAACUAGGUGGAUUAGUACAAAUUAACAAGUACCAUUACUGGACUUACAAGUAAAUGAUUGAAUGAAAAGACAAAAGUAAAUGACAAGUCCUUACAAAACAAAUCCAGAGUCCAGGUGAUUUGUGCAGAAAGUGAGAAAAAGGAAGUGGUGAAGAUUAGGCAGAGGUGAGUACCUGAAAGAGACAUCAAAACAAACAGCGCCUCCGCAGGAAGAAGGGCUGAACUUUCACAAGACCCCUGUAAAGAUAAUCCUCAAAUUCAAGAAUGUUUAUCACUUUAACAAGGGUUUGAAACAAUUAGUGGUAAAUAGCUUCAAGUGCCUCAAGCAAUCUUCAUAAUGUCAUUCUUGUGCUUGCAUGUUGAAACUGCUAUGGAAGAAGGCACACAAGAGGUGCCAAAGAACGAGGAAUCCGCUGAAACACAGGAAACAUUCAUCACGGAGCAAGAGGAAACUGCAUUUGAUUCCACAUCACAACUGAAGACACAGACAGAAAAAGAAGCUGAAGAGCCGAUGGUGCUUGUGUCUGAACAACUAGAUCUAGAAUCUUCAC